AUGUUUCGCAACCUAUUUGCCUCUUUUGCGCAUACGGCGCCAUUCCGUGCGGCUGCAUCUAUGGCCCCGCGCCGUGCUUUGAUGAUGCAGCGUGUGGCCUUGCCUGUGGGCGCGCUCCUUACUGCGGUGGCGUGGACCGCCACGCAGCCUGUGCAUCUUCAGCCUGCGUCCGAACGUGGCUCCUUCGUUGACCGUCUCAAGCCGCGUGAGCCGCCUGCUAUUCGACGCGCAGAGAAGAAGAUCGUGAAGGAAGAGGACGUUGAUGAUGUGCCGGAAACUACAGAAGCCUCAUCUUUGGAUGACGACGCACAGUCGGCGUACGACGAAAAGACAGGCGAGAUCAACUGGGACUGCCCCUGUCUGGGCGGUAUGGCGCACGGUCCUUGUGGUGAAGAGUUUAAGCAGGCCUUUAGCUGCUUCGUAUUUUCGGAAGCUGAGCCCAAAGGUAUCGAUUGCGUCGACAAGUUUAAGCUCAUGCAGGACUGCUUCCGCCAACAUCCUGAAGUCUACGCGGACGAAAUCGAGGCAGACGAGGCGUACGCUGCUGAGGCCGCGGCGGAGCAGGCCCCAUCGGCAUCGAGCUCGGAAGCUACAAGCUCAUAG